GUUGCUGCACACAUCUCGGCAGGUUGCCUGCAUCUCUGUUCCAUCAAAAUUAGUGGUUGGUACUUGGAGUGUGUCCCCUGGACCAUGGGCAGUUGUCUAUGCUACUGCUACUACAAAACUGGCACCGAACGCGUGAACGAGGGUCAGGAGAGUGGAGAAUGGCGGCUGACCUCCAGCAGACGCCGGCGUGGUUCCUCUGGCUGGCCGUCCUCGGCGCCCUCCACGUCGCGGUGCUCUCGUCUCGCCUCCUCGUCCACCUCGCCCACUGCGUGCGCCGACCCAAGGACCUCCGCCGGUACUACGGAACGUGGGCCGUGGUCACCGGCCCGACGUCCGGCAUCGGCCGGUCCGUCGCCCUGGAGCUCGCCCGCCGGGGCCUCGACCUCGUCCUCGUCGGUAUCGACGCCGCGGACCUCCGGGAGGUCUCCGACGCGGUCAUGUCCCGUCACGCCGUGCAGACCAGGACCGUGGUGUUCGACCUCUCGCUCGUCUCCACCCCCCAAGGCGACGAGGCGCUGCGGCGGCUCCGGGACGUCGUGGAGGGGCUGGACGUGGGCGUCCUCGUGAACAACGCCGGGGUGAUGAACCCGGGCGCGGCGUUCCUGCACGAGGCGGACGCGGAGGCACUGAUACGCAUGAUCCGCGUGAACCUGUGGGCGACGACGGUGGUGACGGCGGCGGUGAUCCCGGGCAUGGCGGCGCGGGGCAGGGGCGCCGUGGUCAGCAUGGGGUCGGCGACGUCGGAGGCCGUCUCCUCCUUCCCGCUCCACGCCGUCUACUCCGGCACCAAGCGGUACGUCGCGGUGCUCUCCGGGGGCCUCGCCGCCGAGUACGGGGGCAGAGGGGUCGACGUGCAGUGCCAGGCGCCGAUGUUCGUGGCGACGGCGAUGGUCGCGGCCUUCUCGGCGCUCUGGCGCCCCGCGCCGCUGGUGCCCACCGCCGACGCCUACGCGCGCGCGGCGGUGCGCUGGGUCGGGCGCGGCGGCCCGCUCUGCGUGCCCAGCCUCCGGCACCGGCUGCUGUGGUGCCUUCUUGACGUCGUGCCCGGCUGCGUGCAGGACUGGGCCUGCCUGCGCGAGGGCCUGCGGCAGAGGAAGACGUCCCGGAGCCGGCGAUCGUCGACGGCGUCGGCGUGCCAUGCCAGCAACUGAGUAGGAAACUGUCUCACGAGUGAGUGAAGUGGCGUGAUUCCUGGACCCACUCUCGUUUUAUUUUUUUGGAAUCACUAAAAAUCUGACACCAGCCACUUGGACGGAUAA